UGUCCACGUCAGAGUAAUUUGCACGACGUUUAAGGAGCGGGAAUUUGGGCACUACGAUAAAAAUUGAUUGUAUAGCGACUAAUAAAAGCCAUUUAAAUUUUCUAGAGAGAGAGAGAGGAGAGAAGGGAGACUGGAGAGAGACAAGCUUGGAUCAACUGGAACCUAAUUUUGGCGCAGUGCUCGUUAAUGGCGUUUGAUGAGGAGGAGUGAUCGGUUUCAGGUGCUUCGUAUCAGCGUUUGGUGAAGAUUGAGCCUUUUAGGGUUGAAUUCCGUGCAAUAUACGGGGAGUUUGGGCUCCACUAGGGCUUUGUUGGUUUUACUGCAUCAGGUGUCGCGAUUCGAGGUGAAUUUUCAGAGGCUUUGGAUUUCUGUAGGUUUAGAUGAAGUUUUAAUGUGAUUUGAUGAAGUUUGAGCACUGUGAGGUUGAAUUUCAUGGAGAAUUAAGCGUCAUUUGUGCUACUUAGGACCUAUUUUGAUGGUUUCUUAGUUAAAGUGUGCGCUUUUGCUGUAAAUUUCUGUGGAUUCAUGCCGUGUUUGAUUGGAAUUAGUGUAUUGAGAUGCCUGAUUGUAUGGUUUGGUAGAGUUUGAGUGUGUGGGGAUUAAAUUCAGUGGAGAAUUGAGAUCUAGUUUUGUUGUUUAGGGUUUGUAGUGAUUGUUCGGUGAGGAUAAACUGCUGUUUCUGAAAAUUGUGAAAUUUAUCGAAUACGGAAUGACCGUAUUUGUGCAAAACUCUGCAUUUUGGUAGAUAAUUGAGAGUUCUAGGUUUGGAUUUGGUACAUAAAUUUCAAGUCUAUUUGAGGAUAUUAGAGUCCUUACACGGUUUCUGUGAGUCUAUCUGUAAAGAAUAGUGUUUGAUUCUGGAAACUUGGCCAUUGAAGAUUUACUCAAAAAACCUAGCCAUUGAAGAUUCAAACCAUGGUUUAUCGUUUUUGAAUUUGAGUCUUGACAAUAUCAAUAUACACAUUUGGGGUAUUGGGAUUUUUGGUUAUUGGUCGAAUUGAAAUGGGUUUCUAGUUAUCAGAUAUGGAAUCGGCAAGAAGCUGGUUUCAUAAGCUCCAGCAUAGAGGGGACAAGGUGAAAUCAUCAGCCAAGAAGAAGGAAUCGGAGAAUGGGAAGGAUGGACAUAAGCCUGCAAGUGAGGAGGCUCCAUCAAAUACCACCAAGCAGAAGGUUGCGGCUGCAAAACAGUAUAUCGAGAACCAUUACAAGGCACAAAUGAAAAGCUUGCAGGAGCGUAAGGAGAGACGUUGGAUCUUAGAGAGGAAGCUGGCUGAUGCUGAGGUGUCAGAAGAAGAGCAGAACAAUCUUCUGAAGUACUUGGAGAAAAAAGAGACUGAAUACAUGCGUCUUCAGAGGCAUAAAAUGGGUGUUGAUGAUUUUGAGCUGCUGACAAUUAUUGGGAGGGGUGCAUUUGGCGAGGUAAGACUUUGCAGGGAAAAGACCACAGGUCAUGUAUAUGCAAUGAAAAAGUUGAAAAAGUCAGAAAUGCUCCGUAGAGGCCAGGUGGAGCAUGUUAAAGCAGAAAGAAAUCUCCUUGCUGAGGUUGACAGUAAUUGCAUUGUCAAGCUUUAUUGUUCUUUCCAAGAUGAGGAGUUUUUGUAUCUCAUCAUGGAAUACCUUCCUGGAGGAGAUAUGAUGACCUUACUCAUGCGAAAGGAUACCUUGACAGAAGAUGAGGCUAGAUUCUAUGUCGCGCAGACUGUCCUGGCUAUCGAAUCUAUCCACAAGCACAAUUACAUCCAUAGGGACAUCAAGCCGGACAAUUUGUUGCUUGAUAAAUAUGGGCAUAUGAAGCUUUCAGAUUUUGGGCUCUGUAAGCCCUUGGAUUGCCGUAAUUUCCCGAAUCUUAGUGAGAGUGACUAUGCAAGUGGAAGAAAUUUAAAAGCCUCAGGAGAGAGUGAUGGGCGCUCAAACAUGUCCCCACUGCCCAGGCGCACACAGCAGGAGCAAUUACAGCAUUGGCAAAAGAACAGGCGUAUGCUGGCUUAUUCCACAGUGGGUACACCUGACUAUAUUGCUCCAGAAGUUUUACUGAAGAAGGGAUAUGGAAUGGAGUGCGACUGGUGGUCACUUGGAGCUAUCAUGUAUGAAAUGCUUGUGGGCUUUCCUCCAUUUUAUUCGGAUGAGCCUAUGUCGACCUGCAGAAAGAUUGUGAACUGGCGAACUCACUUGAAAUUUCCUGAAGAAGCAAAGUUAUCAGUUGAAGCUAAAGAUCUGAUAUGCAAACUUUUAUGCAAUGUCGAGCAGAGGCUUGGGACCAAAGGAGCCCAUGAAAUUAAGGCACAUCCUUGGUUUAAAGGAAUCCAGUGGGACAAAUUAUAUCAGAUGGAAGCUGCUUUUAUACCCGAAGUUAAUGAUGAGUUGGAUACUCAAAACUUUGAAAAAUUCGAGGAGUCAGGGCCACAAAUGCAAACUUCAUCAAAAUCAGGCCCAUGGAGAAAGAUGCUUUCUUCGAAAGAUGUGAAUUUUGUGGGUUACACUUACAAGAACUUCGAGAUUGUCAACGACAACCACUUACCCGGCAUUGCUGAAUUGAAAAAAAAGAGUAAACAAAAGAGGCCCUCAAUCAAAUCUUUGUUUGACCCCACGGCCGCCACUAACCAGCCUGCACAAGGAAGCUUCCUCAACUUACUGCCCACACAAUUAGAGGUUUCUGAAAGCCCCGAACCCUCUCCACAAUCGAACUCUCACUCAUCAUAUCAGCAUCAAUCUCACCAAAAUCACAGAUGAUCCACCGAGUUUGUUCAGAGUUAAAUUCUGCCUUGCAAAUAAGAUUUUUGAAGGAGGCCCAAAGGCUUUGAAGCAUCAGACCAUCUUCAUCCAUCUCUCUCUAGAAAUCCCAGGUAAAAAGAGGGGUAAAAGGGGGUGAUGGAUUUGAUGCUCUGUAAAUGUGUUUCUACUGUUUGAUGACUAGCAGGGGUGGCAGCGAUGCCCUCUGAUCUGAGCUUUGUGUCAUAUAUGGAAUCAUGGAUUUUAUUCAUAAUAUAAAAAGAAUCAUAAUUCUUUUUGGUUUCU